AUGCUCUUCGCCGGAUUUCCUCUAGUCGGCGGCGACCAACUCCUCCUCCACUGUAGGAGCCAUAGGCUACUCUUCCACACCUUCAAACCGAUCGUAAUUAGUCCCUUCAUAGUUCGAUCAUCCUCUUCAAGCAUUAAAGAACUCGACACUUCAUCAUCAUCGGAGGCGGAAGAUGACCGGAAAUUGAGUUCCACGCUUAGCGGUUCAGUCUCCUUCCCUCCGGUUAAGGUCGCAAAGCGAGUGGUUUUGGUGAGGCACGGACAAAGCACAUGGAAUGCAGAAGGUAGGAUCCAAGGGAGCUCCGAUUUCUCGAUUCUUACUCAGAAAGGAGAGGCUCAAGCCGAGACUUCCCGCCAAAUGCUUAUCGAUGACUCAUUUGAUAUAUGCUUCUCCAGUCCCUUGAGAAGAUCAAAAAGAACUGCUGAAGUCAUAUGGGGUUCUCGCCAAGAGGAAAUCCUCACUGAUUCAGACUUGAGGGAGAUUGACCUAUACUCAUUUCAAGGUCUCCUAAAGCACGAAGGCAUAUCAAAAUAUGGUGAAGCUUUUGCUCAAUGGCAAAAAGACGCUCCAAAUUUCAACAUAGAUGGUCAUUAUCCCGUAAGAGAAUUAUGGGAUCGUGCUUCAAACUGCUGGAACAAAAUUUUAAUCCAUGACAGCAGGUCUGUUCUUGUGGUUGCUCAUAAUGCUGUUAAUCAAGCUCUUGUUGCUACAGCAAUGGGCUUAGGAACAGAGUACUUCAGAAUUUUACUUCAAAGCAACUGUGGUGUAAGUGUGCUGGAUUUUGUCCCACAUCCUGAAGGUGGAUCUCCAUAUAUUUGUCUUAACAGAUUAAAUCAAACUCCAAGCUCCCCCAUUGCUUCCGGAAGCUCUGCAGGAAGGAAAGCUAGUAACCGAAUUGUACUUGUCUGCCAUGGAAUCCCUGAGGGUAGUGAUUCUGAAUCUGAUAACAGUGACAUGCCUAUGGACAUGCUUGGAACUAUACAGUCACAAAAAACAGCAGAAUUGCUUCUUGAUUUGAAGGUGAAAUCAAUAGUAAGCAGCCCUAGAAUCGCGCCAACCGAAACCGCUAAUGCAAUCGCUCGUGUUCAAGAAGCUGCUGAUUGUCUAGGUGCUGAUUGUGUGCCAAGAUAUGUUGAAACAAAGCAGAUGAAAGAACUUGACAUUCAAGACAUUCUUAAUCGUUCAAAAAAGGAAUCGAUUAAGGCAUCAAGUCUAGAAUCGGGGUGGGUGAAUGAAAUUGAAGAGGGAUUAUUGAGGGAAAUAUGGGAGAAAUCAGGGAUAGCGUGGAAAUCGGUGUUGGAUGAGUUAUGUAAGGAAUCUGAAGCAGAAAACGUCGUCGUAGCAGUUGGACAUCCGAUUUUUAACAUCGGGUUAUUAGGUCAUUGCUUAAACCUAACGAACGAGUGGAUGGGAUCGUUUCAUCUGGACGCCGGUAGCAUUAGCGUCAUCGAUUUCCCCGACGGCACCGCCGGAAGAGGCGUUGCCCGGUGCAUAAACUACACCGCUCAUCUUGGACGGUGGUCGAUCCCCAUUACUAGACCUACGCAAGACGAUGAAGAAUUCUAGGCUCGAUAAUGUUUGUAAAUGCGAAGAAAAUAUUGUUCUAAUGAAAAUGAAGCCACUGUAAAAUCGAAAAUAGUGGUUUUUUUUUAAUCGUCCA